UGUAUAGAUCUCGCUCCUGCACUCAUGCUGCAUAUAUUGUUUGCGCUGGUUACUAGGGAGACUUGCCCAUAAGAAACAUGUCUGCCGUCCAGUCCUUGACAUGUGGUUGGUAGCCAUGGCUGGGAGUGCACGGUGACUGGUCAUGUAUGCGGCACGGCUGUGUGUCUCCAUCCUCUGCAGGUUACAGAGCAGGAGAUUUCUAUUUAAAAUGACGUUGGGCUCCGAACUUCCCAAAUCCAUGAGAAUGGCUUCCAAUAUGGUGGCCAAUAAGAAUCUUCUGCGCUGGGACCUGUCACCGGAGGAUAUUCACACCAGGACAGAAGAACUCAUAACAAGGACUAAGAGUGUAUAUGAUGCAGUAGCUGCGCUGGAGGUGGAGAAAGUCAAUUACGAAAACACUGUCAAAGUUUUAGCUGACCUUGAACUAGAAUAUGCAGUGGAGCGAAGCAUGUUGGAUUUUCCCCAGCAUGUAUCGCCUAGCAGAGAGGUGCGGAUUGCCAGCACACAAGCUGAUAAAAGGCUGUCCGAUUUUGAUGUUGAAAUGAAUAUGAGGGAAGACAUAUUUAGACACAUUCUCCAUUUACAUAAAACACAGGACCUGGAAAAGCUUCAUCCAGAAGUUAGACGAUAUUUGGAAAAGUCAGUUCAGCUUGGAAGACGCAACGGACUCCAUCUUCCCCUUGAAGUACAGACUGAAAUAAAAGGCAUGAAAAAAAAGAUCAGCGAGCUUAGUAUUGAUUUCAACAAAAAUCUCACAGAGGACAACACCUGUCUCACCUUUACAAAAGCAGAGCUUGAAGGUCUUCCUACUGACUUCAUUGACGGUCUAGAAAAAACAACCGACAACAGUUAUAAAGUAACUCUCCAGUAUCCACAUUACUUUCCUGUUAUUAAAAAAUGUUCUGUACCAGAAACCAGGAGGAAGCUGGAAGCGGCUUUCAAUAGUCGAUGUAAAGAAGAAAACACUAAAAUACUUGAAGAAUUGAUUACACUCCGGGCUAAACUGACAGAACUUCUGGGAUACCGGACACAUGCAGAUUUUGUACUUGAAUUAAACACAGCUAAGAACACAGACAAUGUAUCUACCUUUCUUGAUAAUCUGAAGAUGAAGGUAAAGCCUUUAGGUGAAGAAGAAAAGUCACUUGCAUUGGAAAUGAAACGUGAAGAAUGUGAAGAAGGAGCUGUGGAGUUUGAUGGUAAAAUCAAUGCUUGGGACUUGCACUACUACCUCACCCGCAUUGUGGAGACAAAAUACUCUGUAGACCAGGAUAAGCUGCAGGAGUAUUUCCCUAUGGAGACGGUCACAAAAAAUCUGCUCGCCAUUUACCAGGAGCUGCUCGGUCUUCGAUUCGAACGUGUGGAGAAUCCUGAUGUAUGGCAUGAAUGUGUGAGUCUCUACACUGUGUAUGACGGUGCAACAGGAGACCUGCUGGGCCAGUUCUAUCUGGACUUGUACCCAAGGGAAGGGAAGUAUGGACACGCUGCAUGUUUUGGUCUACAGCCCGGCUGUCUACUCCCUGAUGGAAGCAAGAUGAUGUCUGCAGCAGCAAUGGUGGCCAACUUCAGCAAGCCUUCCAGUACUCGGCCCUCACUGCUCAGACAUGAUGAGGUGAAGACUUACUUCCAUGAGUUUGGUCAUGUCAUGCACCAGAUCUGUGCUCAGACAAAGUUUGCUCGAUUUAGCGGGACAAAUGUUGAAACGGAUUUUGUCGAGGUGCCAUCACAGAUGUUGGAGAACUGGGUUUGGGAGAAAGAGGCCCUACAGAGAAUGUCGUCACAUUAUGCAGAUGGAAGUCCAAUCCCAGAUGAGCUGCUGGACAAAUUAAUACAAUCCAGACUGGCCAACACAGGUCUUCUGACUCUUCGUCAGAUUGUCCUCAGUAAACUAGACCAGUCCUUGCACACAAAGUCAUCUGCGAUCACAGCCAGCGAAUAUGCCAAAUAUUCUGAGGAGAUUCUGGGGAUAUCGGCUACACCAGGUACCAACAUGCCAGCUACUUUUGGUCACCUGGCUGGCGGAUAUGAUGGCCAGUAUUACGGCUACCUGUGGAGUGAGGUCUUCUCCAUGGAUAUCUUUUAUAGUUGCUUUAAACAGAAAGGAAUAAUGAAUCCAGAGGUUGGAUUGAAGUACAGAAACCUUAUCCUAAAACCCGGAGGUUCGGUAGAUGGCAUGGACUUGCUGCGAGAAUUCCUGGGUCGUGAGCCAAACCAAAAAGCUUUUCUCUUGAGUAAAGGGCUAAGCCCAUAAAAUAGAUGUAAAA